GGAAACUUUAUCUGAAGAUGAUAGCUUGAAAGAGCAUUCUGAAACCAGACACUUUCCCAACACUCAUGAAAACCUUCAUGUUUCAGCCCUGGUGCAAGCUGAAUCAACCCAUGCUGCUUCAUCAGAAGAUGAUUUAUUAGAUGAGGAACCAUUGAAAAGAAGUCCUUCGGCUCGUAAAGAGAGCGUUGAUGCGUCCACUGACACAGAUCUGGAGAAAUUAGCCAAACCAGGAUAUCUGCAGAAAGGAUUUACAGUCCGAAAAAAUAUACCUGUUGUAAAACACAUCCGUAGGAAACAAAGACCCAAGCCUGUCCUGAAGAGGGCGCCAUCAG